ACACAGCUGUCAGGUCAGGUCCAUGUUGUGAGCUCCAGCCUCAUCGUUACACAUUGAUUUUUGAUGGGAUUUGCCACUGAGCCUCUUCGGAACUGCAUCUGGGUCAAGCUACACUGAAUAUUAAGCGGAAACAGUACAGUCUUCCAACCAAAUUAAUGCGUCGCAGUUACAGGUCUAUGACGACAACUACAUCAAUUGUUGAAGGCUUUUAUUUUGAAAGUGUGAGCCAACUGUCCUGCACGCCAUUUGUCUUUCUUUUUUUGACGUAAACGUGAAUGCUGGGUAGUUCAGGACGAUUGGAGAGCUCAGAGUACACCGCGCUCCCACUUACAAGAAGUUUUAGGGACCUUGUAUAGUUCUGAAGGUAACUCGGAUAUUUUUUUCACCUAUUUCCAAUAAGCGUCCACCUCUCUUUUAUUCUUCUGUAGAUGUUUUUUGUUGUUAAACCUUAGACGUCAGGCUACCUCAUUGACUAGCCGUUGGCUGGUUGACCGGGGUCCGCUGCUGUCAAACUUUCGUUGACAUGGAUUUGUUGCACCAACUACGGAUGGACUGAAAAGUUGUGAGUUUCACCAUUCGCCAGCUAGACAAGGCAAAAGAGACUCGCUGCAGCUACUUUUUGGAACAAGUUGUCAGUAAGUUAUUUCAGUAAAGACAUGCAAAAGUUCAACUCCACCGGUACCAACAGCAGCACGCUGCCCCGGGACGCAGAGCUCCAGCUGCGGUUAGCUGACAGCGGAGGGGCCGGGGAAGGGAAGGAGAAUGGUGCUGGGAAACAUUUCCUCUCCCAACCUGAGGAGGAAACAUCGCUUUGCACCAAGAGGAAGAUGCUCGUCGGCUUGGAUGUAAUAUGUCUCUUUGUCGCCUCCAUCCCAUUCUUUGCGUGUGAGCUGAAGGCAGUGUAUGCACACAGGCGAGGUUUCUUCUGUGGAGACUCUAGCAUCACAUAUCCCUACAUCGAGAGAGAGGCCAUCCCUGACAGCCUUCUUAUUGCUGGGGGCAUAAUCAUCACCGGCCUAACGAUCGCCCUGGGUGAAUGCUACCGCGUGCGUUUUCGAGGUGUACACUCCAGAGCUUUCGUUCGAAACUGCUAUGUGUCCUGUUUGUACAAGGAGCUGGGGAGCUUCAUGUUUGGUUGCUGUGUGGGUAUGUCUCUCACCAAUAUGGCCAAGCUAAGUGUGGGACGCCUGCGGCCCAACUUCCUGUCCGUCUGUAACAUCACAUAUGCGUCCAUAAACUGCACUCCGGGCAGCUAUGUGCCAGAUGAACAGGUUCGCUGUGGGACGAACCACACAAAGAUGGUGGAAGAAGCAAGGAAGUCUUUUUUCUCCGGCCAUGCUUCUUUCGCCAUGUACACCAUGCUCUACCUGGCAUUCUACCUGCAGGCACGGUUGUCUUGGCGAGGAGCACGCCUGUUGCGCCCACUUUUACAGUUCCUCUUAGUGAUGAUCGCUAUCUACACCGGCCUGAGCCGCAUCUCUGACUACCGUCAUCACCCGAGUGACGUCCUCACAGGAUUCAUCCAAGGCGGGCUCACUGCAUACUGGGUGGCCUUUUACAUCUCCUCCAUGUUUAAACCCUGCACCCGUCCAGACCUGUCUCCCACUAGCAUUUCCCUGGAGAGUCCACUGUCCAGCCAGCAAACAGUCUGUUAGCAGGCACGUGCAAUCACUCCAGGAAUCAGACGAUAAGUGAAGAUGGACUGCAGGAGGACAGGGAGAAUUUCAGAUAGCACACGCAAGGAGAAAGAAGAGAGAAAGGGAAUCACUCUAAGAGAAGAAUAUGAUUAAAGAGUACAAUCUAACACAUGCAAGCAAUCACACAUGACACAGUAAUCUAACAUGUUCACACAAUCACACAUGUGAAACACAAGAAGCACAUUUGACUGUAAGUCAAAGCCGUCCAGUGAAAAGAACUGCAUAGAAAUACUACCGAUAUUUUUUUAUAUAUGAAAAAAAAAUAAAAAGUCUAUUUUUCAAGAGGAUUUUUAGAAGCUGCUAAUGUUAAUAGUUUCCAGUUUGAACCUGUUAUUUUUUUGUCAUAGAGGCAUUUGUUCAGUAUGUUGUUAGCUGUACUGCUAACUCUUUUAUCUUUGGUGAGUGAGGAGAAAACUGCAGCCUCUUUUGUUGUUAUGAAACCCUCUGCUCGGCUUGGAAAUCAUCCCCCAGCAGCUGUGAACUGAGACCAUCAGACCUCAGAUGUAAAAAAACAGCUCUGUAUCAAGUGACAGAACUGGAAGUGAUAAGGAACAAGCACUGGCUUCAACUUCUAACCACCUUUACCUUUAGUGGCCGUAGGUGCCACUGCUCUAAUCAGACUGCCUAAAUCACUAUAACUAUAACCAAUGUGUAUGCAGAGAAAACAGUGUUUGUACUGUUAUACAAUGUUAACUUUCUUUUUGUGUAACCAUGGUAGUGAUGUGGAGGACCUUCUCUUUUACCAUCACUUUCCUGUACUAACCACUUUGACAGUGUCUCAGAGGUGGAGGUUUGACUGAAUUUUGUAACCUUAGACUUUUGCCCCCAGACUCUCUGAGCUGCACCUUGAUUUAUGCCACUCUGACAGGAGGAGCCGCCACCCAGCGAGGCUUCCUGUGUAUCUUUAUUAAUAGCACUUGAACGUACAUAAUGGAACUUUCUAAUUGUAAUCAAUAUUAUGUAUUUUAUCACAAGUUUGAAUAAUCAGUGUUUAUUUUUGUUAAUGGCAGACUCAUAGACUUUUGUUUGUCUUUUUUUUCUUGAAAUGAUAAUUAUUCAAAUUGAAUGUAAAUAGCUAUGUCAUUUUAUAAACCACACAGAAUUUCAAAAGUAUUAGUUCCAGUUUUGGACCGUUUUUACAUGUUUAUUAAGUGUUUGUAUUUACGUUUGUGUCGAUCAGGUACGGAGAGUUACUAUUGUAUCUGUUGUAACUACUAGACUGAGCCACAGAUAUUAUCAGAAAGCUAUAUUUUUUUGUGUUCCCAGUUAUUGUUAUAAUUUGUUUGUGUUUGUCUGUGAAUGCCACAAGGGCAGAAAUAACCACUGUACUCAAAAAACCAAACCAAUAAAAUGAAUGUUG